AUGUUCACCCGCAACAUUGCUCGUCUGUCUCAGCGCGCCGCUCCUCUGCGCUCGGCUGCUCAGCGUCGCUUUAACAGCGUCGAGGCCAAGCCCUCUUGGAUCGCCGACAACGAAUUCAACCGUGAGCGUGCUGCUGUCAAGCACCAUGCUUCCUCCACUAGCGGCUUGUGGUUCAAGCUCUCACUCUGCGUUAUCCCUGUCCUGAUCGGUGGUAGCAUCAACGCCUACUCCCUCUGGAACGAGCACUGGGAGCACUGGGCCCACAUGCCUCCUCUCGAGGAGCGCACCGAGUACCCUUACCAGAACUGCCGCACCAAGAACUUCCCCUUCGGUGACGGUGAUAAGACCAUUUUCUGGAACUCCAGCGUCAACUACCACAACAAGGACAAGGCUACCUAA